AUGACUAUUAUUACGCGCUCUCUCGAAUCAAUGGUACUGCAAGCACAUCGUGCAAAAGGUGUCCGCUACCCUACAGCAUCGCAGAAAGACUGCUUCAAGACGUGGUACUCAUAUGCUCUCCGCCAAGGCGAGGUGCGGAAAGCUUCGCCGGGCGGGAGAACCUAUUUAUAA